UGCUAUAGAGAUUUGGUAGACUGGCCGUCUUGCGCCAAUGGUUUUCAAACGGGACCCACGUGAAGAUCUGACUUCCAUUGGGGCAAGCCCAUUUGAUUUAGAAAGCAAAGAUGACGCAAAAGAUGAAGCUGAGUCAAAGGCACCCGACCAGCUACCUGGUGGCCGAAAAGUUAUAAUAGUUUUGGCCACAGCUACGCUGAUUCUCAUUCUGUUUCCAUUUCUGGAGCUGGACCCCAGGUAUCCUGAUGCAUCCAAAGGAUUAUCAGUUCUGCUUGUCACAGCUUUGUUUUGGGUGACAGAAGUGAUGCCGCUUUCAGUCUCCAGCUUGUUGCCCAUGGCCUUGUAUCCGCUCUUUGGGAUUGUCAAAGCCUCUUCCCUUGCAGGGCACUUCUUCAGCGGAGUAUCCUUUCUCUUCAUCGCUGGUUUUUUUCUAGGCCUCGCAAUUGAGCGAUGGAAUUUGCACACACGUUUUGUGCAUGUCAUGCUGUCCAAAGUGGGUGGCAGAGUGGAACUCUACAUGGCUGCGUUCAUGCUUUGCACAUGGCUUUUGAGCAUGUGGAUCUCCAACACUGCAGCGAUGCUGUGUAUUUUGCCCAUGGUCAAGAGCUUCCAGGAGUCAAUCGACGACAGGCAUUCGCGCUUUCAGAGUGGCAUGCUCUUGGCCAUUGGCUACUCUGCCACCAUUGGUGGACUGGCAACGCCUGUUGGAACUCCAACCAAUGGGAUUUUCAUGACGCUCUUCCAGGAUUUUUGGCCAGAACAGCAAGAAUUCUCCUUUGCAACCUUUUGCGUUAUUGCACUGCCUUUAUCUGCAGCUUUGCUCUUGGCUGCCUAUCUGAUUGCCUGUGCAACCUUUGUUUGGACGAGCUCAGAAAAGGUCGUGAUAGAUGCUGCUGCCUUUCUUCAGCGUCAGCGCAUGGGGAAGGUAUCCUUUGAAGAAAUGGUAGUACUGGUUGAUUUGUGUUGCCUAAUGUUGCUGUGGUUCACAGCCUCUCGAAUUGAUCAAUUUCCGGGCUGGAAGCACUGGCUAGGGCUUACACAGCUGAACAGCGGUUCGAUUGGACUGCUGCUGACCCUUCCACUCUUUGUGCUGCCAUGUGGUCGAUGGCUACCUUCUUGGUUGAGAUGUUGUCUGGGGGAAGAUCGCUGCUUGUCUAUUUGCAAGGGUCAGCGACCAAGCUACAUCCUAGACUGGGAGAGUGUAAAACAGGACUUCAGUUGGGAGAUUCUCUUUGUCUUCGGAGGUGGAUCUCUCAUUGCUCACGGUACAGUUGCAUCUGGCUUGGCCGAUCUCAUCGCUCAAAGUCUGCAGACACUGGGUCUCAGUGACUUUUUAUUUAUCGUUUUGGUCUUGACAGUGGUUGCAUUCGUCACAGAGAUUGUGUCAAACAUGUCGACCCUGAACAUUUUCGGUGCCAUCAUCGUAACAGCUGCCCAUCAUAUGGGUUACAAUCAAGUACAGCUGCUGCUCGCAGUGUCCUUUGCUGCAUCUUUCGCCUUCAUGCUGCCUAUGGCUGGCGGCCCAAAUAUGGUGGUCUAUUCAAGUGGCAGGGUCCCUAUUGGCCAAAUGGUUUCCUUCGGCUUAUGUUUGAAUGUCACAGCAAUUCUGUUGGGCAGCGUUUACAUAUGCUUCGUGUUGCCCGUCUUGCUCCAGUUCACGGGCACUUCCUAUGCGGAUCUUCCACAGCCAUCAGCACAAGGCUGAAACAGUGGAGAGUUUCACACGUAGCCUGGUAUUAGCUCGGCAGAAGUCCGAUAGAUGGGACAAUAGACUAUUGCAAGGCUCAUAAAUGUACAGAAAUCAAAGCGGGAGCUGCUCCGUUUAAAGAGUUUGCAGCAAACGCAUGUCCAGCAGAGCUUGGAGACCGCACAAUUCGAACAAGGAUGGG